GGGCGGGGGGAGGGGGGAGCGGCUUCGUUUCCAGCUUCCAGCUCCGAGUGAGGCGGAGACCCGGGCGGGCGGAGCAGGCGGCACCGCACCUCGGCCAGCGGCGGCUGCAGCAGCUGCCCUCGUCCCCGCCGCCUCCUCUCCACAGCCGCUUCUGUGAUUACCACUGCAGCUGCUGAGAACAAGCGAGAAAGGAGGAGGCGAGAAACUCCCUCCGACCCACAGAGGGAGCAUGACUUCAGCAACAUCACCUAUCAUUUUAAAAUGGGAUCCCAAAAGUUUGGAAAUCCGGACACUAACAGUCGAAAGACUGUUGGAGCCACUUGUUACACAGGUGACAACACUUGUCAACACAAGCAACAAAGGCCCAUCUGGUAAAAAGAAAGGGAGGUCAAAGAAAGCCCAUGUCCUGGCUGCAUCUGUGGAGCAAGCCACCCAGAAUUUCCUGGAGAAGGGUGAGCAGAUCGCCAAGGAGAGUCAAGAUCUCAAAGAAGAGUUGGUGGCUGCUGUGGAGGAUGUACGCAAGCAAGGUGAGACGAUGCGCAUCGCCUCCUCUGAGUUUGCAGAUGACCCGUGCUCAUCAGUGAAGCGUGGCACCAUGGUGCGGGCGGCACGGGCCUUGCUCUCAGCUGUUACGCGCUUACUCAUCCUGGCUGACAUGGCAGAUGUCAUGAGACUUUUAUCUCAUCUGAAAAUUGUAGAAGAGGCCCUGGAAGCUGUCAAAAAUGCUACAAACGAGCAAGACCUCGCAAACCGUUUUAAAGAGUUUGGAAAAGAGAUGGUGAAACUCAACUAUGUAGCAGCCAGAAGACAACAGGAGCUGAAGGACCCUCACUGUCGGGAUGAGAUGGCCGCUGCCCGAGGGGCACUGAAGAAGAACGCCACAAUGCUGUACACUGCCUCUCAGGCCUUCCUCCGCCACCCCGAUGUGGCCGCCACCAGAGCCAACCGUGAUUAUGUGUUCAAACAAGUCCAAGAGGCCAUCGCUGGCAUCUCCAAUGCCGCUCAAGCUACCUCGCCCACAGACGAAGCCAAAGGCCACACGGGCAUCGGCGAGCUGGCUGCGGCUCUGAAUGAGUUUGAUAAUAAGAUCAUCCUGGACCCCAUGACGUUCAGUGAGGCCCGCUUCCGGCCGUCCCUGGAGGAGCGCCUGGAGAGCAUCAUCAGCGGGGCAGCGCUCAUGGCCGACUCCUCGUGCACGCGGGACGACCGGCGCGAGCGGAUCGUGGCCGAGUGCAACGCCGUGCGGCAAGCGCUGCAGGACCUGCUCAGCGAGUACUUGAACAACACUGGAAGGAAAGAAAAAGGAGACCCUCUAAACAUUGCAAUUGAUAAGAUGACCAAGAAAACAAGAGAUCUCAGGAGACAGCUUCGGAAAGCAGUGAUGGAUCACAUAUCUGACUCCUUCUUGGAAACCAACGUCCCUUUGCUGGUUCUUAUUGAGGCUGCAAAGAGUGGGAAUGAGAAGGAGGUAAAAGAAUACGCCCAGGUUUUCCGUGAGCAUGCCAAUAAGCUGGUGGAGGUUGCCAACCUGGCCUGUUCUAUAUCUAACAAUGAGGAAGGGGUGAAGUUAGUCCGGAUGGCAGCCACCCAGAUUGACAGCCUGUGUCCUCAGGUCAUCAAUGCUGCUCUCACACUGGCUGCCCGGCCACAGAGUAAGGUUGCUCAGGAUAACAUGGACGUCUUCAAAGACCAGUGGGAAAAGCAAGUUCGAGUGCUGACUGAGGCCGUGGAUGACAUCACAUCAGUGGAUGACUUCCUCUCUGUUUCAGAAAACCAUAUCUUGGAAGAUGUGAACAAGUGUGUGAUAGCCCUGCAAGAGGGAGAUGUGGAUACCUUGGACAGGACUGCAGGGGCCAUCAGGGGCCGGGCAGCUCGGGUCAUCCACAUCAUAAAUGCUGAGAUGGAGAACUAUGAAGCUGGCGUUUACACUGAGAAGGUGCUGGAAGCUACAAAAUUGCUAUCUGAGACAGUGAUGCCACGCUUUGCUGAACAAGUUGAGGUUGCCAUUGAAGCCCUGAGUGCUAAUGUCCCUCAGCCUUUUGAAGAGAAUGAGUUCAUCGAUGCCUCUCGCCUGGUGUAUGACGGCGUACGGGACAUCAGAAAGGCUGUGCUGAUGAUCAGGACUCCAGAAGAACUGGAAGAUGAUUCUGACUUUGAGCAGGAAGAUUAUGAUGUGCGUAGCCGGACAAGUGUUCAGACUGAGGACGACCAGCUAAUUGCUGGGCAGAGUGCGCGGGCCAUCAUGGCGCAACUACCGCAGGAGGAAAAGGCAAAAAUAGCUGAGCAGGUGGAGAUUUUCCAUCAGGAAAAAAGCAAGCUGGAUGCUGAAGUGGCCAAGUGGGAUGACAGCGGCAAUGACAUCAUUGUGUUAGCCAAGCAGAUGUGUAUGAUCAUGAUGGAGAUGACAGACUUCACAAGAGGUAAAGGACCAUUGAAAAAUACAUCUGAUGUCAUUAAUGCUGCCAAGAAAAUUGCUGAAGCAGGUUCUCGAAUGGACAAAUUAGCCCGCGCAGUGGCUGAUCAGUGUCCUGAUUCAGCCUGUAAGCAGGAUUUAUUAGCCUACCUUCAAAGAAUUGCGUUGUAUUGCCAUCAGCUUAAUAUCUGCAGCAAGGUGAAAGCAGAAGUGCAGAAUCUUGGAGGAGAGCUCAUAGUAUCAGGGACAGGAGUUCAGAGCACUUUCACUACCUUUUAUGAGGUAGAUUGUGAUGUCAUAGAUGGGGGCAGGGCUAGUCAACUUUCUACCCACCUCCCAACCUGUGCUGAGGGAGCUCCGAUCGGGAGUGGAAGCAGUGAUUCCUCCAUGCUGGACAGUGCCACAUCACUAAUCCAGGCAGCUAAAAACCUGAUGAAUGCCGUUGUUCUCACGGUGAAAGCCUCCUAUGUGGCCUCAACCAAGUACCAGAAGGUAUAUGGGACAGCGGCUGUCAACUCACCCGUUGUGUCUUGGAAGAUGAAGGCUCCAGAGAAGAAGCCACUUGUCAAGAGAGAAAAACCCGAGGAAUUCCAGACACGAGUGAGAAGAGGUUCUCAGAAGAAACACAUUUCACCUGUACAGGCUUUAAGUGAAUUCAAAGCAAUGGAUUCCUUCUAGGAUAGGGUUUCACAGAGAGCUUUUUCCUUUUCUUUUUAACUCCAUUUUUGUAUGCAUACCUGCCGACUCACGUGCCUCUGGCAUGGGGGAAAUUAAGGGAGCAGCGUCUGUUUGCAUGUGAGAUGAGAUGGGAUCAGUACUGCAGAUCCAUCUGUAGCCCUGGGUGGAGACACAGGAUUCCCGUCCUGUGGGAGCACAGAGCUGUCUUUUGCAACAUUCCCAUACAUCUGGGCAAAGAGUUCGCAUCACAAUGUUUAUGGGAGCGGGAGGGAGGGGGAAAACAAACUAAACUACAAAAGCAAACUCUAAUGCAUGCACGAAUCAUUAGGUUGGCAGGUAUAUUCAUAAGUGAAAAAUCUGGAAGUGUAAUGGUAGAAUAUAAAACUUGUAUUGCUUCUGUUUCAGUGCAAAACUGUACUAGCCAAUAUGCUUAAGUGUGUGGCCCAGAUUGAACAAUUUGUCCUUGAAGUCAUAUCCAUGAUAUUAUGUGGAUUUUUAUCUGAGAGGAAAAUAAACUAGUCCAGACUAAAGUGCUGCUUUUAAUCUACACUCUGUUGUUUUCCAGUAAUGCCAUUUACUACUGCUGAUGUUAUAUUUUUCCCCUUUAUUGACAAACAAUAAACAUUUGUUUGAGAUAAUUAAAAUUAUUCUGGGGGCACUGGAAGCACAAUAUGGCGACUAAUCUUGUAUUUUUUUUUAAUUUUAACUAUGAUUUUGCUAGAAAUAGAAGGCCUAAGGAUGACUAUUAACUGAAUGGAAACUGACAAUGUAUGAAGGUUUAGAGGCAAAUGCAUAGGUGUAGCUUGGAGUGCUGGUAUCUAAUAUACCAUUGUAGCUACUAACUCAAAAUAAACACAUUUAAUCUUGA